UGCUGAUGGGACCCGGCUCUUCCUCUGCAGGAAGGGGAAUGCUCAGCUGUGCAGUGCUGUGCUGUACAGUGCUGUGAUCUGCAUAUCUCCAGCCCCGGGAGCUGCGAUCAGUCCGGCUCCUGCUCCUCAUGGUGACACUGAGCUGACACUCUACUGCCCGGGGGUCUGUGCCCACCUAGCCCUGUGCCCCCAGUAAGCACCCAAAGAAUGGUGUGAGAAAGGGGCCGCUCCCACAACUUCUCCGGACCCUGGAAGAUGAGCACAGACGUCACCAAACCUGCACUUGCACCAAAACCGCAAGGACUCGAUGGAUAUGGUUCUGCUUCUAUUACUAAAUAUUCAUCCUCGCUGAUCUCCAAAGCUAGCCGUGCCCACCAGAAAAAAUCUAUGUCAAGAGGCCCCAAACCACCCAUUGCCCCAAAGCCAAUUCUGUCACCUGCUACAGAAAGAAGGUGCAUAGAGGACACUAAUAAUUGUUUAAACAAGUGUGCGAAUGGGGAGGUGGACUGCAUGGUGGAUGAGAUUUUUGAUGCAGCUGAUUACAGUUUGGAGUGUUCUGAAUCGGAUGCCUUAGACAUGACCUACGAGGAUUAUAUUGCUGUGCCUGAUUCGCCCCUUACGGACAUAGAAAGCACUGACUUUGAAUGUGAAAAAACAACCUGUUCUGAGAUACCCUCAGUAUCCUGGGAAACACCCCCAGGAGAUAGUGACAUUAAUGAUGACACAAGCUGUGGCCCAUCUGCUGCUGGGGAAGAAGACAGUGGCCACCCAGAGAGCGUCCCAUCAGGGGAUGUGGAAUCUGGGGACUCCACUGAAGUGGAUGACAGUGACAACACGGAUGCUCUCAGUCUGAGAUCCUCUUCCACAGCAGAGGCUGACAGUUUGGUGCCCCAUUGUGGAUGUGACUCUUUACAAUUUAAAAAUGACCUUGAGAACAUGGAGGACUUUCUAUCCUCAGACAUCAAUGAAUGUAACACAGAAAACGAAGAUGUUGAUAGUGAUCUGAAAAUGGUGGAAUGUGGAGAUGUUAUUUUAACUGAUGAGUCUUUGGACAAUAUGCCAGUUCCUUGUGAAGCAAGUCAAGAGAAUAAAGCUAACUGUGAGAACUGCUGGGAUGAUGUGUCAUGCAAUAACUGCUCUUUGGAAAACUGUGAUGCAACUGAUGCAUCAGAUUUAACAUCACAAACUGAAGCAGAGGAUGCAUGUUUUGUGCAGGACUCUGUAUCUCUGUGCAAUGAAAUAGCAGAGAGUGAGCAGGAUUUUGCUGCUGAAACCUUGGAUCAAGUAAUAGACACAAUUGAGGAUGCCUCUAAUGAAGAGAAGUUCUAUGAAGAACAAGAUUCAGGCAAACUUAAUGAGGCUCCUUUAACUGAUUCAGAUAACGCUAAAGAAGCAGAGCAGGAAAGCGUGGUGUGUGAAACAAAUGAUUUACCUAACCAAAAGGAACCAGAAGGGGAUCCAGAGGUGGUAGAGGAUAUUGAAGAUGCAACAGAAAAUAUGAUAGAAGAUUGUGUAGAGGAGAGUUGCCAAAUCAUUCCUUUUGAAAAUGAGCUUAAUGAGGACAUGGCUGAGUCCUUGGGAAAGGGGCCAGACUUAGAUAAUGGUCUAAAUGAAAAAGUAAUUUCAGAACCAAUAAUAGAGUCUGAGAUUGAGGAGAAAGAUGAGAGUGUUUGUGAGGAAGUACCGUUUGACAAAGAGAUAGAACUCAGUGACACAGAACACUCAACAGAGGUCACCGAUACAGCUGUAGCUGGAGAAGGAAGUAACAUAUGGGAUGAAAACCCAUCUGUUCUUACUCACAGGGAAGUAAAUGAAGCUAAUGAAGCUGACACAGCAGAGGUGUCACCUAAAAAUCAGGAAGAUGGGGUCAAAGAACUAUCAAUGGAAUCUGCAGAAGGCAAACCAAAAACAGGGGUAGUAAGUGAACUAGAUGAAGAGGAUGACAGCAACCCUUAUGUUUUAGAAGACAGUGUGCAGUCAAGAAACAGGAAGUUGCUAAUUGCAGAGGAUUCUGGUAAGGCAAGAGGAGACGAGGAAGCCAUCAGACCUCACUGCAUGAUGGCGGAAUGUGGCUUUGAAGGGGAAAGCCAUGCACUCUCUAUAGACAGAAAAAACAUUGUGACAAGGACAAGGUCCUAUUCAGGAAAAAUCCCUGGAAAUGUCCCUGAAACUGUGCCAGAGGAAACUGUUGCAGAGAUUGACUCCCAAACCUCAGACUGUGACCCUAGAGUAAAUAAUAUUGGGGAUAAAGUAGAGAGCAGGACAUUGGAUUUGGGAAGAGCUGUCCCUAGAAAGCCAAGUCGUUUUAUAUUAUACCCUCGGUCAUACUCUGUAGAGGGCAGAGAGAAUACUGUCUCACUUUACUUAGAGUCUGAUGUGCCAAAUUUUUCUCCUUAUGUCAUUAGUUCCUCUGGAAGCUUCUCUCAGAGAAACCACCAUUCCUCUAGUGGAAUGUCCACACCCACUUCUGUUGUGGAUAUCCCUCCACCAUUUGAGCUUGCCAGCAUAACUAAAAAGCCAAUUACAAAAAGUUCCCCAUCACUAUUAAUUGAGAAUGAGUCCUCUGAAAAGUCUUUCAAAAAGAAGAAGUCAUCCUUUAAGCGGUUCCUCACGCUGAAAUUUAAGAAGAAGACAGAAAACAAAGUUCACAUUGAUGUUAAUGUUUCCUCUAGGUCAUCUUCUGAGUCAAGUUAUCACGGUCCAUCUAGGCUUAUGGACCUGGACAGAAGAAGCCUGGGUAACUCUCCCCAAUUGCAGAGCCGAACAGGCAUGCACUACCGUCCUGAUUCUCCUUCGGCCAUCCUAUUUUACAAGGACAUGAAGAGAAAAGGAACAUCAAAAGCCUUUAACAGAAGUGUAGCUAGAGUAGAAUCUUUUGAGGAUCGCUCCAGACUCCCAUUUAUGCCAUUGCCUUUAACCAAACCUAGGUCUAUCUCUUUUCCCAAUGCGGACACUUCUGAUUAUGAGAAUAUUCCUGCUAUGAGCUCAGAUUAUGAAAACAUACAAAUUCCCCCUCGGAGACCCACACGUGCUGGAACCUUUACAGAAUUUUUUGAAGACCCAUGUAGGGCCUUGUCUUCUGCAAAUGAGAAUGAUGGAUAUGUGGACAUGAGCAGCUUUAAUACUUUUGAAGUUAAACAGCCGAUAGCAGAUCAAGAAGCAGAAAGUGCGUACACAGAGCCAUACAAAGUGUGCCCCAUCUCUGUGAGCACCGCAGAGGACGUCACGUCGGACGAGGAUCAGAAAAGCUCAGAAGAUGAGGAGAGCAGCACGGGGGAGAAUGGUCUUAUUCAGAAGAAGGAAGGAACAUUAAGAGCUUUGAGCAUCGUGGAGGAGCUGCUGUCAACAGAGAAAGUGUACGUGGAGAUGUUGAGGCGACUUCAGAUGGAAUUCCAUACAUCAGUUCUCUGUGUGCUGGGGAAUGAAGAAGAGGAUGACGAGGAAGAACUGAAGUUGAGACAUGGCCUGAGUGAGCUGCAGUAUAUCUAUUUACUGCACGAAGAAGUCUUGCAGGAGCUGCAGGAGAGGAUAUUGCACUGGGAGGAGAACCAAAAAAUAGCAGAUAUCUUCCUCAGUCUGGAAUCAAGAUUUCGUCACCAUACAGCGUUCAUUGUUGCUUUUGAUAAAACAACAUCUGCCUUGGAUGAUUGCAUCCUCAAAACACCCAAAAUGGCGGCGGUCGUAAGAGAAUUUGAGAGGAACCUCCAACGUCGUCAAGCAAACGUGAAACAUGAACUGAUCAAAGUGGUCCAGAGAGUCUUUCAGUAUCACAUGAUUCUUACAGAUUAUUUAAAUAAUCUUUGCCCAGACUGGUUGGAGUAUGAAGAGACCCAAGCCGCUCUGCUCAUUGUAUCGGAAGUAGCUGAUCGGGCAAAUGACAGUAUGCGCCAAGGGGAAAAUCUGCAGAAAUUAAUCCAAAUUGAAUACAGUGUCAGGGGUCAUAGCAACCUCCUCCAGCCGGGAAGAGAAUAUGUGAAAGAAGGAACUUUGAUGAAGGUAUCCGGUAAAAAUCAACACCCACGGCACUUAUUCUUGAUGAAUGACGUCCUGCUCUAUACGUAUCCCCAGAAGGAUGGCAAAUAUCGGCUAAGGAACACUCUUUCUAUUCCAGGAAUGAGGGUGAGUCGACCCAUCGUAGAAAAUGCGCAAAACGUGUUGAAGAUUGAAUGUAUGGAGUGUUGCCUGAUGCUGUCGGCAAGCUCGUGCUCUGAGCGAGAUGACUGGUUUAGCUGUAUCAGUAGGACUGUUCAGGAAUAUUACAAAGCACCCACGGCGUCCGUCUAUCACAGCGUUGAGCUCAGGGAACGUCUGGGAAUGUGCCUCGGUGACAGACCACCAAGCGUGGUGCACACGUCCCAUGCUACAAUGUGUAUGAAUUGUGGCAGCGACUUCACUUUAACCCUCAGAAGACAUCACUGUCACGCGUGCGGCAAGAUUGUUUGUCGCAGCUGUUCCCGAAAUAAAUAUCCAUUGAAGUACCUCAGAGACCGACCGUCGAAAGUCUGCAAUGGCUGCUAUGCAGAGCUUAGGAAAAGAGAACUUGCACAUAUGAAUGCAAACUCCUCGCCUCAAUCACAAAGGUCUUCCCCAAGACCACUAUCUGCCAUGUUUCACCUUCCGCCGUCUACCUUCAAGAAACCGAAGAAAAUACCUUCUGCUCUGAUGGAGGCAGCUGCAUCAGGAGAAACCUCUUCAAUUAGCGGGUAUCUGCAUCGUUGCAAGAAAGGCAAAAAAUACUGGAAGAAAAGAUGGUUUGUUAUUAAAGGCAAAGUACUGUACACCUAUACAGCAUGCGAGGACAAAGUUGCCACAGAAAGUUUACCUCUAUUAGGUUUCCGUAUUGUGCCAGAUAACUGGGACAGGAACCCUAAACUAGGAACCGUCUUCCAACUUUACCACAAAGAGACCUUGUUUUAUAGUUUCAAAGCCGCAGACACCAAUUCAGCUAUCAGGUGGGUUGAGGUCAUGAAAGCUGCAACUGUAUUAUAGCAUUUAACAAUUAUGGACAGAAAGAGACUGGCUUAGCUCACAAACAUUAUCCGAAUGUCUUUUUUUUUUUACCAGUCUCCGAAUGUAAAGAAAAAUGAAUGCUUGGAAGACAAAGUUCAAAUGCUUCGAACUAGGCCUCCACUUACGCAUUGUGCACAUGGAUUGAAUAACGCCUUCCAUUGUCUUUAAAAGAACAGAGUUUAGUUAAACAGUGUUAUGUUUGUUUUUUUAUACUAUAACGACCAGCAAAAUGUACAUCGCUCCAAAACGUUUAUGCUGGAAGACCAAUAAAGUUAUAAAAAUGUUUUUCGUUUUAUUUUUACAUUUUAUGUAUCACGUUUGGGGGCGGGGUAUUAUUUGAAAAUCAUAAAAUCCAUCUAUACUGGGACAGUAUACGGGGACAGUUAUCUGGCCAGGCAAAUAUGUUAAAUACAGAGAACAAGAAACUGGAGCAAAACGGGGUGCUGCUUUUCCUUGCUAAACAUUAAGCAUUGUUUAUUUUACAUAGUUCCUAUGUUUCAGACUGAUGGCUUCGUACUGAUAGCUGUUUGUAAGUCUUUUUUUUUUUUAAUUGCUGUGGUCCUCAUGAUUUUUUUUUUUUUGAGUUUUUGAGGGGCCUGUAUGAUGCUCAGUGGAUUUACAAAAGUGCAUUAAUAUAAAGCAGCACCAGUUAUGUUUACAGCACCCAGCAUGCUUCCAUGAUGAAACCAACCAAUCUGUUGGCACACCAUCAGUUGAACAAUUGCCUAAUUGGAGACGUACCAUGUACUUUCAACUUCCCAUCGGUGUUCAGACACAGGAGCCUGUCAAUAGAACUACCCACAUGAACCUUUUUUUCCAAUUCUUCCGUAAAAGUCAAUUAUUCCGUUGUUUUCCUUACUUUGAUGAACAGAUAAUUAACUUUUAACAAUGUAACUUCCGUUAUUUUAUUUUACAGAGACGCACUGAUCUUGCAGCUGUCUCUCUGUAUUGCGCAUCCUCUGUAAACCAGAUCCACAUCACCAAUGUAAAGAAUAUAUAUAUAUUUAUAGGGAUUUUUUGCAUACUGCAGUUAUCUCUGUUUUACAAUUAUGUUGUUUACCAAGAAAUUACUACUAUGAGACAAAAAUAGCCUUAAUAUGAAAAUAAACACUGGUUAUUUGCAAGUU